CACAUCACCAUUCUUCAUCAACCAUGGAACGUGUAACGUGUUUAUUAGCAAUAACUCUAGCCAUUUCAGUUAUUACAGUUAACAGCCAAAUCAGCACUCCAUGCAGUGUGUCGAUGCUUGCCACCUUCAGUCCAUGUGUAAAUUUUAUCACCGGAAGCAGUGCAAAUGGCGGAUCACCAACCGCAGGCUGCUGUGCUGCGGUUGAAUCUCUGAUGACCACCAGCUCAGAGUGCAUGUGUCUUAUAGUUACAGGAAACGUGCCUGUUACUCUACCCAGUGCAAUCAACCAAGCAUUAGCUAUUACUCUCCCUAGAGUGUGUAACUCUAAAAGUGUCCCAUUGCAAUGCAAAUCUACUGGUGUUCCUCUACCUCCCGCAGGUCCAGCAUUAUUUGUUCCUCCUCCACCCAAGAUUCCUCCUCCUCCUCCUCCACGAGCUCUUCCACCAGCUGCUGAUUCUCCAGACAUUCCACCAGGUCCAAGCGGUUCCGUGACAUCAUCGUUGGCCCCAACACCAUCUGAUACGACUUCAGACGACUUAGACGCGCGUGAGCUGCCCGGGGCACCGCCCGCAUCAGCACCAGCUGCCCGGAAAGGUCCAACAGUUGGUUCGGGCAUCAGACCCGUGCUUACACCAGCAGCAUCCUCUUCAAAUCCUCCAUUAAUGGUUUCACAGCCUGUUCUCUUGCUAACAUUAGCAGCAAUCGCAGUGACUAAUUUCCGUUUCAUUCUCUAAUGUCCUAAAUAUGUCAUUUGGGUAGCAAAAAAAGUACACAUAGUGGAAUAUAAAAGAAAACCGUGUUUAUAUUUUGUGGAUAUAAUGGAAAUCGAAGCA